CCUCGUAUCGUUGGGCGGUUUAUGAUUGAGGUGGUAUAGUGGCAAUUUUUAUGAGCAAAAUGGAACAGUAAUUUAUGCUCCUGACCUGAUUGAUUAGGUUAUCGAUAAAAAGUGCGUGAAAGUUUCAAGUUUAGUAUUUAUUGAAUUUAUCUGUCGAACAGUGAGUGCUUUCGGUGUUAUCAACGAGUGUUUGUAGCUUAUUGAACCGGUGCUCCAGAGUUCGUACCAAUAUUUAUGUUUUCAUCAUUCACAAGUUAUGUUUCACACAUCACAAGCACUCGGGUGCAUUUUGCAACGUCACGCUGCACUUGUUUCUAAUCUGAGACUGAUGAGUGCACUGUCCCGUAUCAAUGUUAAAAUCGCCCAGGGCACCGUUUCCGGGGUUAAGGAAAAACUUCCCAAUGGGGAGGAUUCGUUUGCGUUUCGGGGAAUCCCAUACGCAAAACCGCCAACGGGAGCCUUGCGUUUCAAGGCCCCGCAACCCUUGGAAAAGUUUGAAUAUCCAAUUUUGGACUGCAGCACCGAGCGGGACACAUGCUUCAGUCGCAACUCGUUUACCCAGGAAAUCGAAGGUUCCGAAAACUGUCUCUUUUUGAAUGUGUACUCGCCGCGGGUGAACAACGAUGUUGAAUCCAAGCCUCUUCCGGUGAUGGUGUUCAUUCAUGGGGGCGCUUUCAUGUUUGGCAGUGGUAACAGCGAUUGUUACUCCCCGGAAUAUCUGGUCCAGGAGGGCGUAGUUGCCGUCACCUGUAACUAUCGACUUAGUUCCCUAGGGUUCCUGCACCUACCGAGCCAAGGCAUCGAAGGGAAUGCCGGCCUAAAAGAUCAACAACUGGUGCUGAAAUGGGUACAGAAAAAUAUUUCAAACUUCGGUGGCGAUCCCAAAAACGUGACACUUUUUGGCGAGAGUGCCGGUGCUGCCUCGGUUCAUUUACACAUGCUUUCGCCAAGCUCUCGACAAUACUUCCACAAAGCAAUAUGUCAAAGCGGAAACAGUAUUAUGGAAUGGGUAUUGCAGCUUCACUCCAUAGAAAAAGCUAAGACUUUAGCCAAACUGGUUGGAUGUAAGGGAACAUCCGAUGAAGAACUGUUCGAAGCCUUGAUGACGGCACCGACCGCUAGCCUCGUAGGUCUAGUUCUGGGAACUUUCACUCCGGAUGAGCGUAUCCGAGGGCUACCGAUGCCGUUUAAACCGGUUGUAGAAGAACCAAACGCAGAAAACGCAAUAGUAACUCAACCACCGAUAGAAUCCCUCAAACAACCAAACUCAUUAGGAAGCAUGCCCCUAAUGAUGGGAAACAAUAAUCGAGAGGGCACUAUAAUGCUUCUAGAUGCAAAGAAAAAACUUGAACUGUACGACAACGACAUGGCCCGUUUAAUUCCACGUACGGUGAACGUCAAUCCGGGAACCAAAACCAGCACCGAACUUGGUGAAGAAAUAAAAAAGUUCUACUUCGGUGACAAAAACGUAAGCAAACAUACGCUACCGCAGUUUGCCGAUCUGAUGACCGACUAUCAUUUCGGUAUUUUGGCUAAUACAUGCGCCGAGCUGCAUUCCAGAUAUCAGCACCAGUCGCCGCUGUACUAUUACAAUUUCAGCUUCGAUGGAGAUUUGAACAUGUACAAAAAGCUGUUGCAGCUGGAUGUUCCUGGGGCGUGUCACGCGGAUGAGCUUUCGUACCAAUUUCUAAUGCGUAUGGCCCCGGUCGACGUGGAACCGGAUUCACCGGAGGCGCGGGUUCGUGGCUACAUGUGCCGCAUGUGGACCAACUUUGCCAAGCACGGUAAUCCUACGCCACCGGAGGACACGAGUCUACCCUUCCGGUGGGACCCGGUGAAUAAACUGGAACCGGACUCUAGGGAAGAAUUCCAGCUGCAAUGUUUGGACAUCAGCGAGGCGCCCAAAAUGAUCACCAACCCGGACAAACAACGGAUGGACUUCUGGAGGGGAAUCUACAAACGUUACAACGAAAGUUUCCUGAAGCCUAAAUUGUAAAAAUCAAUUUUUUGUGUGAGCGAUGCAUAAAAUUUGAACCUAAUCAUUGAUAUUAAAGCAUACAAAACGUUUUAUAUUGAGGUACAUUUUUUUAGGCUUUGUUAAUGAGAACAAAUUUUAAAAGUCAGAAAACGAGGUAAUUGUUCGGUGAUUUUGUGGUUUUUGUAUUCUUUUAAAAGUAAAUAUACACUUUACAACUUAA